GAAAAAGAAAAAGAAAAAGAAAAAUACAAAAACCACAAAACUGUGGGAAGAAAGGAAAAGGGGUGAGAGUAGCAAAAAGAGAGAAAGAUAUCACUCUAGAGAAUAAACUGCGCCUGUUCUGAGAAAAAUUCAAGAACCCCAUUUCAUAUUAGUGGAAAAAGAUAAGAUCUUUGGCUGUUUAUUGGAAUUGUCUUAGGAAAAUCAUUGAAUCUUUCAUCAAAAAUCUCAUUUUUUCCAGUUUUGGGAGUUCUCUGCUGCAAAAGAAGAAGGGAGAAGAAGAAAGCUUAUAUCUUUGGUCUUUUGAGAUAAUCUGGUACAGUAUCUAAGCAUAGAUCUUGAGAUAGAACAAAAAAGGUAUGGAUAAGUUACAGUGGGGAAACAGAAAAAGACUAAGGUGUUUUAAGGUGAAAGAUUCAACUUCAAAUGGGAAAUCUGAUGGUGGUGUUGUAGUGAAGAAGAAAAUCACAUCUCGAGUUGUUGAUAAUACCAAGGAAUCUACUCUUCUUCCUCCUAUUUCUUCUCCUCAUCGUCUUAACAGAGAUCUAGGUGUGAAUAGAUCUAACACAAAUGAGCAUCGUAAGACAUCAGUGUCAUCCCCCGAGAAGGAGGACCGAUAUUAUACGACAAGAGGGUCAGUAGGUGUAGAUGAUACUAGCAAGUUGUUCAUUGAUUCAAGGGAGGAAAAGAAAAAGAUGGUAUGGCCAAAAUUGCUUAUCACAUUGUCAAGUAAAGAAAAAGAAGAAGAUUUUAUGGCUAUGAAAGGUUGCAAACUUCCUCAAAGGCCUAAGAAGAGGGCCAAGUUGAUACAAAGAACAGUACUUUUAGUGCAACCAGGGACAUGGUUGCAAGACUUGUGCCAAGAAAGGUAUGAAGUGAGGGAGAAGAAGACCUCUAAGAAGAAACCAAGAGGAUUAAAAGCUAUGGGAAGCAUGGAAAGUGAUUCAGAAUAAAAUCUGGUGAAGAUAAGAGUGAGGAAACAUGGACAGAGCCAGAUAGAUUUUUGGGAAUUCUUUUGGAAAUAGUUGCAGUUGAAGAUGGGCAAAAGAUAGAAACUUUUGAUUUUAUUUUGGUGGCAGAGAGAGAAGAUGAGGAAAGAAAAUCUGAAAAUGAUGUAAUUUUUGGCAUAUUAUUCCUAAUUUCAGCUCAUCUUGAAAAAUGAAUGCUUCUUUUUUGGCCUUCUUAA